AUGACGUCGCGUGGCAAAGAGCGCUUGGUGUUCCGUGAUUUUACAUAUUACAAGCAAAGUCGGACACGAAGUGGCUUUAGAUGGGGGUGUACAAAGAACAGGUGGCACAGGUGCAAGGCGUACCUCCAUCUCGCAGAUGACAUGACGAUCGUAAGGAGUAACAUGGAGCACACACAUAGUCCUUUUGGCACUCCUUCACGGAAGCAAGUUCCCUGA